AUGGAUUUGGUCUUUAGUAGUUCUUGCCUUUAAAUUCCAUCAGUUUUUUAAUUCAAUUAAUUUUGAAAAAUAAGAAAUAUUAAUCAAAAAGAAAAUCUUUACACACUGAUCCAAACCCUUCGCAAGAAUAAAUUUAAAUAUACUUUCAAUUUUCCUACUUCAUGGGUUGAUGAACAAAAUAUUUCAUGAACCGACUUUCAAAUGUUUUGUAUUUUUUUAAUUCGGAUAACACGUCAAAUUAUCAAGUGAAAUUAUAAAUUACAAAAAUUUGGAAAUUUAGCAAAAAAAUGGGAUACUACAGAAAUCAGGAGAGCCCGAACGAUAUGUUUUUUGACGACAUUGAGAACAUGUUGCGUGAUCCACCGGAAGUGACGGACGGUCUUUUUUCGAGAUGCGUGAAAAAAAGUGAAGAAAAUAAAAAAACCUGUGGUUGUGCGCCCAAAGAGCAAAAGAAGGAGGAAAAGAAAGAAAAUUGUGGAUGUAAAGAAAAAAGUGAAAAAGCAACCAAAAUGUCAUCACCAAGUCGAGGCCGAAGAUCGAAACGUGCUGUUAAUGCCUUUAUCCUUUUUUAUUUGGAAAUGUAUAAAAAAAGUUCAGGAAAACAUGUAACUUGUGUCGCAAUACAAGCAGGAAAAAAAUGGUCCAAAUUAUCUGACAAGGAAAAGGAGAAGUACGUCCAAAUGGCAAAAGCAAGAAGAGACAAGAAAUUAUAGUUUCAAAUAUCCUAUGGUCGUCCUUUUAUCUUUUCAUGUGGCUCGGGAAAUUGUGACCUUAUUUAAUUUUGAAAAUCAGAGAAGACAAAAAUAGUAGAUCCUCACGCAGAUUACUGUUCGAAUCAUUGAAGCUCAUCGGUUAAUCUACCUUCAAAGUCAAAAUCAAUAAGAUGCGCUUCAUCGACUCAAAAGCAAAUCAGGUGGCAUUUUCUCGCCACAUUGAGUCAGCCAAGAAAGAAAAUCAAAAUCCAGAACGCAUCCCUUCCGAAGGUCAGAGAAAUUAAUUUCUCAACCGAACCUUUGAGAUACAAUGAUCGGGUGGAGUGAUAAAUUAAAAUCUUAAAUUCAAUUUCAAAAUUUCUUCGCUUUGCGUUUUUAAAAAUUUGUCUCGGUAAAAAUUGAAAAAGUAGAUCACGAUGGAAUUUUCAAAAUCUCUUGUAUAUAUACAAUAUAUAUGUACGUCUUUGUAUAAAGUGGCAAAUAAAAUAACUGUGAAAGCGACAUAA